AUGCCCGCCAGCGAGUUCGCCUACAUUACGCAACCCUCCGCGAUGGUCGGAACAACAAAGCAUCGAUCAGCCCAUAUCAAGGCAUCACACAAGUCAAUGGCACCAUCAGAAUAUAGUUACGAUUCGGACGACGAGAUAGCGGCCGUCAAGGCGCAGCAAUCAGAGAGCCGACCGCCGCAGAAGGCCUCGAUACUGUCGAAGAUCAAGGCCAAGAUCGACGAGAAGGUCCCUAAGCAACCGACACAGUCAAAUACAUCGUCAGGGAGGAAUCAGGCGAGGGCAGAUACUGCCUUCGCUUACAAGGUCAUUGCAGGUGCGUUGUCGGUUCAAGAUGGUGUGUCCUGCCCUACGUUCUAA